ACGUCUGUUUCCUCCGAUAGCCACGCCAAACAGCCACGGGUAUCCACAAGUUUUGGUCGGCACGAACCCAACGUCAACUGUUUGACGCGGAGAGCCAACUCAGUUACGAUGUUGAGUCACUCUCUCAUCUUGUCUGCAAUUUUUGCCACCAUUGUGGUUGCCGCCUCCGUUCCGGGCUCACCUGUGGCUUGCCCAGAUGACAAGCGAGAUGCCAUCCUGCGAGGAGAUCUCAGUCCCGAAGCCUGCUGCAGCUAUGGUGUCUGCAAAAACACAGUCGUGGUCCGGAUGAGCUAG